UGCACCCACAAACCUCGUUUUGACCUCGUUCAUGGCGUGUGGGUUGCUGCAGCCUGCAGGGUCCGACACCGCCGCCGCCGCCUUGUGGCCAUGCCUCCUCCUCCCGGCUCCUCGUCGGAGCUUCCCAACCAAGGAACAGCCACAUCGAGUCCCAUGUAUGAAUCAGUUUCACCGGAAGCUGCCUUUGAGUGGUAAUGCAGUCAGCGCUGCGCAGCCACACAGGUCCAGGAGCCUUGUUUGUUGCACAAGUUUAGGUUCAUCUGCACUAGUAGCUGCAUUGAGCAGCAGACCUGCAAAUGUCUCCACUUCUCACAGUGAUCUAUCCAUGAGGCGUUGCAUGGAUUCAGUUCCAGGAGCGCUUAUUGUUAUCUCUGGCUACUGGGCUGGCCCUGACGUGGAUGAUGGCGGUGGUAGUGUUGAGGCCUUGCUCCAAAGAAUUGUCUGAUAUUGUGCUUGUGGUUAACUAUGCAGUUUUUCUGGCAUGUGAAGAUAAUCUGUACUAAAGCAUCAACUAGACCAGAUAUGGCUCUAUGGUACGAUAUUUUGCUUCAUUUUGGAGCUGUAUUUUUCCUUGGGGUUGUAAGCUGUCUUGUUCCACCAAAAACACCCGCUGAGCAUGUUUUUGUUUUUAUAAA